AUGGAGCAUUUGGUUAUUCGGCAGAGGAACCACAAUGGAGUGAAACCAUUUAAAUGUUCAGAAUGUGACAAGUGCUUCACUGAUAAGUCAGGUCUUAGGAAGCACCAGAAGAUUCACACGGGAGAUAAACUUUUUAGAUGUCCAGAAUGUGACAAGUUCUUCACCGAAAGGGCAAGUCUAACUAAUCAUCUGAUGAUUCACACCGGAGAGAAGCCAUAUCUGUGCUCGGAAUGUGAUAGAAAUUUUAGGUCCAAAUCAGAGCUGAUCCAACACCAGAGGGUCCACACAGGGCAGAAUCCAUACAGAUGUGUUAUAUGCGGCAAGUGUUUCUCAAGGAAGCAAAUUCUUAUUGGUCACCUGAGAACUCACACUGGAGAGAAACCAUUUAAAUGCUCGGAAUGUGACAAGUGCUUCUCAGAAAAGGGAAAUCUUACUCAACACAAGAGGGUUCACACUGGAGAGAAACCAUAUAGUUGUUUGGAAUGUGACAAGAGAUUCAAAGAAAAGUCACAUCUUAGUAUACACCAAAAGACUCACACAGAAGAGAAGCCUUAUGUGUGCUCUGAAUGUGAUAAAUCUUUUAGGUUCAAAUCAAAUCUGACCAAACACCAGGGGACGCACAGAGGUCAGAAGCCAUUUAAAUGUUCAGAAUGUGACAAGUGCUUCACAGAAAAGGCUAAUCUUACUAAACACCAGAGGGUACACACAGGAGAGAAACCAUUCCCGUGCUCUGUAUGUGAUAAAUGUUUUAUAGCCAAAUCAGAUCUGAUCAAACACCAGAGGGUUCACACUGGAGAGAGGCCAUUUAGAUGUUCAGAAUGUGACAAGUACUUCACUGAAAAGGGAAAUCUUACUAGACACCAAAAGAGUCACACGGGAGAAAAGCCAUAUCAGUGCUUUGAAUGUGACAAAUGCCUUAGAUUCAAAUCUGGACUGAUCCGACACCAUAAGCAUCGAGAGAAACCAGUUUUUUGCACUGAAUGCAACAAGUGUUUUAAAUUUUAUUCACAGCUCAGAGACCACCAGAGGACUCACACAGGAGAGAAACCAUUUACAUGUUUAGAAUGUGGCAAGUGCUUCACAUACAAGACUCAUCUUAAUCGACACCAGAAGAAUCACAGUGGAGAAAAACCAUAUUCCUGUUCUGAUUGCCACAAGUCAUUUACAAUGGAAGCACACCUCGUUAAUCAUCAGAGGACCCACACGGGAGAGAAGCCAUUUAGCUGUUCGGAAUGCGACCGGUGCUUCACGCAAAUGGCAAAUCUUACUCAACAUCAGAGGAUCCACACAGGAGAGAGACCAUAUUUAUGUUCAGAGUGUAACAAGUCCUUUAGAACUGAAGCACACCUUGUCAACCAUCAUAGAACUCACACAGAUGAGAAGCCGUUUAGAUGUUCAGAAUGUGACAAGUGCUUCUCAAUGAAGGGAAAUCUUAACAAACACUGGAUGAUCCACACAGGAGAGAAGCCGUAUCAGUGUCCUAAGUGUAGUAUAUGUUUCCGAACCAAACAAGAAUUGCUCAAACACCAGAGGAUUCACACAAGGGAAAGACCGUUUUCAUGCUCUAAAUGCCACGAGUGUUUUCAUUUUCGUUCACAACUCACUCAUCAUGAGAGGACUCACACGGGAAACAUUUAGAUGCUCAGAACAUCAAU